AUGGAUUUACAGUUAACAUGUGUGUGUUUUACCUUUUUUUGGCUGAAGUCAGUGGUGGAGGUCCACUCUGAGACCGUUCCUUAUGUCUCCUUCAUGGGCCAGACUCUGGCCAACCAUUCCUAUGUGGACAUCAGUCAAGUGGGGAGACCUGAUAUCGGUGGUGGUGAAGGUGUUCAGUGUAUCACUGACCUGGCCACAUGUUGUACUAGUACUGGUGGUCCUCAUCUUGGAGACUGGUAUUUCCCUGAUGGAAGUAGACUGCAAUUCGCUGGAGAUGGUGGUGAUACCUUUGAGUUUCGCACAGAUAAGAGAGUUGACUUACGUCGUAACACUAAUGCUAACUCACCAACUGGUAUCUAUCGCUGUGAUAUUCCAACUGGUGCUGUCCAUGAUGAUGAUGACAUCUCAGUGAGAGACACAGUCUAUGUGGGACUGUAUACUGCCAAUGGAGGAACACUCACGAUUUCUUCAAUUGAAACUGACCAGCUGACCCUCACCUGUAUCUCCACCGGUGGACCUGCUACCACUGUCACUUGGACCAGGGGCUUUACCAAUAUCACUGAAGGAGAUGUAACUACAAUGUUAAGUGAGGUGGCAACUGCAAUGUACAUUCAUACUCUGACCCUGACUGAGAGACAUGGGGGGGUGUACACAUGCUCAGUGUCUAAUGGGAAGCCAUCUACUGCAUCAGCUGACAUCACUUUAGUAGUUGAAGGUCAACCCAACAUUACAAUGCUGCAUGAAUUAGCCACCUCCAUCUCCAUCUCCUGGACCAGUGCUGGCUCAGAGGGAGUCAUGUAUGUGGUGGAGUGGCAGAGAAAUACCUCAGUAGGCUGUACUGAUGUGGACACAAACAGUACCACUAUCACUGGAGGUUCCAUGACUAGCUACACCAUCAAUGGACUAGAGGAAGACAGUAGGUAUGUAAUCACUGUGACAGCCUCCAAUACAUCUGGUGAUACAGUCAGUAACACAGUGACUGCAAUGACUGGGGAGGCAGCUCCAUCUGCCCCUCCGUCUGAUGUGGAGGUAACUGAUGUGAAUUCCUCCUCCAUCACUGUCCAGUGGGGGAGUGUACCAUGUAUCCAUCAGAAUGGAGCCAUCACAGGCUACUCAGUCCAGUAUGGAGUGAUGGGGAGUGGGAGCACACAGAUGUUGACUGUUAAUGGAGCUGAUGUGACUCAGACGACUAUUGAAGACCCUCAUGUCAUCCACUACUUACUCUAUUGAAGUGGCAGCAGUCAACAGUGCUGGUACUGGAGAGUACAGUGAUCCCAGAAAUCAACUGACACGAGUUGAGGCUCCAGUUGUGACGGUAGUUGAGUCUUCAGUGACAGCUACCAGUAUACCCAGUAACCUGGAGCAGUGGUGGCUCAGAGGGAGUCAGUUAUGUGGUGGAGUGGGAAUAUGGUGGAGGGUGUCCUGGUAUCAGUGGAGGCAGUCAGACAUUGGUGUUGGUGGGGGCAGAGAGUACACUAUAGAGGGUCUGGAGGAAUACAUCACAUACUCCAUUACUGUCAGAGCUAGCAAUUCUCUGGGUAGUUCUGAGAGUACUCCAGUUGAUGGAAGAACUAGUGAAGCAAGUAAGUUA